AUGGCAGCCGUGCCUCGAGAGCUUGCUCGUCACAGACGCCAGCCAUGUGCGGAUCCUGGUUCAGCACAAGAAGUGCGAUUGCAGUCCGGCAAUGGAGGACUGGCGGUUCUCAGUGACACUCAAUUGAUCGAAGUUCUUGCUCACUUCUCUCGAGAACGUAUUCCCGAGCGCAUGGUUCACGCAAAAGCUGCCGGAGCUUUCGGUCACUUCGAGGUUCUUGAAGAUAUCUCGGAUCUGACAGACGCCCACUUUCUCACUGGCGUUGGGAAGAAGACCAAAGUCAUGACGAGAAUAUCCACGGUGGGCGGCGAGAAAGGCUCUUCGGACACGGUGCGGGAUGUUCGAGGAUGGUCCAUCAAGUUCUACACCGAAGAAGGGAACCACGACUUCGUCUUCAAUGACCUCCCAGUCUUCUUCCUCCGAGACCCCAUCAAAUUCCCGAGCAUGAACAGGAGCCACAAGAAGCAUCCAAGGACUAAUGUGCCGGACAACACAAUGGUUUGGGAUUACCAUGUCAACAAUCCAGAAGGCAUUCACGCUCUCAUGCAGCUUUUUGGCCAGCGUGGGAUUCCUGCGUCUCUGCGACACAUUGCUGGCUAUGGCGUGCACACGUACAGUCUGACGAAGGCUGAUGGAAGCUUGGCGUACAUCAAGUGGCACCUCAAACCUGAAGGCGGCGUGAAAACACUAGACGCAACAACUGCGCUCCAUCUCGCAGGCACUGAGCCGGACUACCAUGUCAAAGACCUGUUCAAUGCCAUAGAGCGUGGAGAUUCUCCAACCUGGCUCUUAUAUGUACAAGUUAUCAAGCCAGAGGAGGUUGCAAAAGCUUCCAUCGAUAUCUUCGACAACACCUUUACAUGGCCGCACGAACAGUAUCCUCUCAGGAAGAUUGGCCGCUUGACCCUGGAUCGCAACCCUGACAACUACUUCCAAGACAUCGAGCAAGCAGCAUUCUCACCAUCCAAUAUGGUCCCUGGCGUCGGGCCAUCCGCUGAUAUGGUGCUUCAGGCUCGCAUGUUCGCCUAUCCAGAUGCUGCUCGGUACAGACUCGGCGUCAACUACCAGCAACUCCCCUCGAAUCGAGCGCAUGUUCCGGUGUCAGAAUUGCGUCCGUUGAGAGUGAGCAAUCGCCAUGCGAUCCCUACACACGAACACUGGAACGGCAGAGUGCAAGUAUACUCCACUGGUGUCACGGAGAAAGAUUUCGAGCAGCCACGUAUUCUGUGGGAGAUGAUAAGGAAGGAGGGAAGUGCAGAGCAGUUCAUGGAUAAUAUCUGCCCAACUCUAGUCGACGUUGGGCCCAUGCUGCAAGAACAGGUGUAUUGUAAGUCGAAAUUGGAGCGUUCUUCAGUCGCAUCUGCUGACAGUCGUGAUAGCAUACUUCUCUCGUGUUGA